UCUUUGUUUUGGAUUUUAUAAAGGUUAGAAUUUAUAAUUAAAAAUACCUACUCCUUGUUAAAGUAAGUGUUCUGUGACCUACUCCUAUUAAAAAUGGCUUUAAAUAUAUUCCUAGUUUGAUAUUUAUGCUAUUUAAAGGUUUCAACAAAUAUGAUAUCGUGCAACAGAAUGUCACGUAUAUUACAGUUGAGUUUGAGGCAUAUAAAUUCUGUUACCAAAUAUCCCAAUCAAGCUACAAAUGAACUACUUAAAAACUGUGCCCGAGCUAACAGCAAUAAAACAAGAACAAAUUCAGAUGAUUUAUUCCAAGAAUUCACAGACUGGGAAACAUUAAAUAAGAAAAAAACUGUAAGUAAGGCAAUGAAAGCUUAUUUGGAAAGAGCCAGGGAACAUGAUGAUUUUAUGAAAAAACAAGAAUUCGAAUUCACUGUUGGCAAAAGACACUUAGCCAAUAUGAUGGGUGAAGAUCCGGAAACAUUCACACAAAAGGAUGUGGAUAGAGCAAUUGAAUAUUUAUUUCCUAGUGGUAUUUAUGAUCCUGCUGCUCGACCCCUCAUGAAGCCACCGGAAGAAGUGUUUCCCGCCCGAAAAGCUGCAGAAUUUGAUGAAGCUGGUCGGCCACAUCACUUUCUGUUUUAUACAGGAAGACCAAACUUUUUUAAACUUCUUUAUGAUGCUUCUGAACAUAUUCAAAAUAUUUAUAAGUUUGAAGAUAAAGUGAUAAGAAAAAAAGCUAUACCAGAUCCAAAUGCUAAAUUAGAGCUAACUUCAAGUGUCUGGUAUUCAAAAGAGGAAUUAGAACAGCAUCUUGUUGAAAAUAUUACAGAAUUAGAAUAUGAGAAUUUUAAAUUGGUUAUGGAAAGACUAGUGUCAUUGCCUUAUUCCUACAGAAGUAAGGAAUUUAUUGAAAAGGUGAGGAAACCUAUAGCUUCACAAAAGUUUGCAUUAGAAAUACCUAAACCUAGCUAUGAUGAAGAAGGAAGAGAAUAUAUUACAACAUAUGAAUGCCUGAGAAAAAAAGCAAGAGGAGAUGUAACUAUUCGUUCCCCAGGGUCUGGGAAAAUAACAAUUAAUGGAAAAGAUAUAACAUACUUUGCUGAUACACAGUCAAGAGAGCAAGUUACCUUUCCUUUAUUAUUUACUGGGAUGGAAGAUAGAGUUGAUGUUGAAUGUAACAUUGAGGGAGGUGGGCCAUCUGGUCAAGCUGGAGCUAUUAGAUGGGGUAUUGCAUGGGGACUUCGUAGUUUUGUAGAUAAAAGUAUGAUUGAUUCAAUGCAAGUUGCUGGACUUCUCACUAGAGAUCCCAGGAAGAGGGAGCGUAAGAAACCGGGCCAACCAGGAGCUAGAAAAAAACCAACAUGGAAGAGACGCUAGAAGGAUGGAAUGUAUUAAUUAAAAAGCCAGUUAUUAGAUAAAUUAGAAAAA